UGGCGCGGUGCAGGGCUCUUAGGAACGAACGGCUUGGGCGCGGGUAAUCAGCUCCCUUUCCCCUUUUCUCUACCUCUUCUAGGUUCUUGGGAGUACGGCGGAGCUUCCGGACCUGAUGCGGGCGCCCGGUCGUGGACUGUCCCACCCUGUUCCUCUACUGCUCGGGGUGCUCCGCGCCCAGACUGGUAUCCGGGGACUGUGACUUGCAGGGUCCACCAUGGAACCAGAGCAGAUGCUGGAGGGACAGACGCAGGUUGCAGAAAAUCCCCACUCUGAGUACGGUCUCACAGACAACGUCGAGAGGAUAGUAGAAAAUGAGAAAAUUAAUGCAGAAAAGUCAUCAAAACAGAAAGUGGAUCUCCAGUCUUUGCCAACUCGUGCCUAUCUGGAUCAGACAGUUGUGCCUAUCUUAUUACAAGGACUUGCUGUGCUUGCAAAGGAAAGACCACCAAAUCCCAUUGAAUUUCUAGCAUCCUAUCUUUUAAAAAACAAGGCACAGUUUGAAGAUCGAAACUGACUUAUUGGGAAGAACAGAAAAAUUUGGUUUCCACUGUAGAUUUACGUGAUUAAGAGGCAACUUUAAUUGCCAUGAUUUUCCCCCCCAUUUUGGAAGUAUAAGAAUCAUCAGGACAGCAGAACUUAUUUUGGAGUUGCAGAAGAAGACAUAUCUCCCUUAUUGAUUUAAUCACAUACUUAUUUAAUGAGUGUAUUCUGUGCAAUUUUUUCUCAGAUUGUCUUUAACUUUGUUUUUAAAAUGACCUUCAAAAUAAACUGUUAAAACAUCAUU